CGAGUCAAAAUCCUUGGGGGACGUCUUCCUCCAGUAUAAUAUCACCCACCGCAUGACCCGUCGGCUGCAAAGGACUCUUUCAAAGCUGCCGCCACCAUCCCCCUCAAAGACUAUGGACCCUAUAAACAUUCCUCUCCCACUAACAGUGACGUCGUCGAUGGUCCCAUGCAUCAAGCUUUUCCCAUCGCUGGCUUGCUUGUCUCCCUCCUUGACCAUUUUACCGUUUUAUACAGCUAUAUGAUACAGAGGAAAAAUACGGACUGUGGACGAAGAACAGUGGCAUCGUCGACGGUGCUAUAUACUAGCUUCGCCUCGCUGGCAGUCUUCUCCUAUCCUAUCUUACGGUCCUCGCUGUCAUUGGAUCCUCUAAUCUCGCGAGUCGCUACUGACCGUCUGCUGGCAUUCCUUAUCGCUGCUCUAUGCCUGCGAUUGUGUCAUUGUCGUGUCGCUUGCCUGCUAUCGUGUUUCCAUUGUUAUUGCCCCAUAUUGUGUUUUCUAAUCGCGGGUUGACGACGUUGCAUCGCCCGAAUAUAACCGAUUUUGUCGUACUAGGUGGAGC